CCCUAAUUAGGGUUUACUGGGGAGGGAAAAAUGGGCAAUGCGGCAGAUCCGGCUUGGAUCGAGCAGCUCAAGCGCGGUGGCGCGCUGCCGCUCACAGGCCUUGAUUCCUGCUUCAACGGCUGGUGCUCGCCUCCAGGUGAUUGCUUCAGAGUGCGGGGCCCGGAUUAUUUCGCUACCAAGGCCAAAAUCGCCGCAGGGGAUUGGCUUCUAGAGCCGCUCGCCGUCGACUGGAUCAAGAGCUCCUCCAAGAUCUACGACGUCCUUAGGCAUCCCCAGUCGAGAAUCGCGGCAGCUCUAGGCAAUUUGGAUCUAAUUCCUGGCAACUCUUCCUCUAUUCUUUCGAAUUCUCCUACCUCUCCAUUCGUGUGGGCUUUUAAUCUCCAAGUCCCCAGCAAGGAGAACUACAGUGCCAUCAUCUACUUCGUCAGCCACCAUCCCUUCCCGGAGAACACUCUGAUCGACCGCUUCCUCCGGGGAGACGACGCCUUCAAGAACUCGAGGCUCAAGCUCAUUGCCAACGUCGUCCAGGGGCCCUGGAUCGUCAAGACCGCCGUUGGCGAGCAAGCCAUCUGCGUUCUCGGAAGAACUCUCACUUGCAAGUACUCCACCGCUCCAAACUUCCUGGAAGUUGAUGUUGAUAUCGGCUCCUCCAUGGUUGCCAACGCCAUCGUCCACUUAGCGAUCGGAUACAUCACCAGCCUCACUGUGGAUCUCGCGUUUCUCAUCGAGAGCCAGCAUCCGGAGGAGCUUCCGGAGAGAAUCCUUGGGGCUGUGAGGCUCGGGAACCUCGAGCUCCAGUCGGCAGUGCCACUGGAACUAAUGUCCGGUGACAGUAGUAGCAAUUCUUUCCCGGGAGAGAGCUCGUUUAGCUCCCGGCUAUGGAAGGGAUUUACAUCCCUCUUGACACCUGCGGGACAAAGCUCUACACGGCCAGAUGAUGAAGAUGACGACGACGUCAAGGACAGCUCGUCAUAGAAACGAAAGCUCACCUGUGUAUAGUUCUAUCGCCUGAAAGGAACUUACUGCUUAACCGA